CUGUGCAUGACUGUCACUACGUGUGUGUGUGUGUGUGUGUGUCCUACCCAUGCUAAAGCGCUCUCACACCACCGUCUGCUCGUCUCCUCGGUCUCCUGCUCAUCUCCAUGCAGGUGAGCGAUGGACGAAAGCACCUUCGAGACAUUUGAGGAAGAGCUCGGUAAACCACUGCAAGAAGCUCCUCCUCAGAAACCUGUCCGGCAAACACGAACAGGAGGCAGAGCAGAGAUGUAUGCUCAGAGGAGGGUGCGAGAGCCCUCGUGUGUCCCGCAGGAAUCUCCAAACGUCCAGCAGGUCCCAAAGAUGAUCGCACGGGAACAUCCGCUCACCGGUGCCACAGCGUCGUUACGCAGGACGCUGUCCAUCCAGAACCUGACGCAGUUCGAGACGCCGUGGGAAGGCGUGACGCUGAACCGGUGUCUGAUCGCAGCCGUAACCAUCCUGCUGCUGAGCUCCGGUUUACAAAGAAUACACGAAGCCGUCAGAGGCCGCAGAGACGCGAGUGAAGAGAUCGCGGCACUGAACGAGAGGCACGCUCUGAUUAAAAGAGGGAAAGUAACACCACAUGAGCCAGAUACUUCCUUAUGGGAAACAUUUUUCUGGUGGAUUGAUGAUGAUGAUGAUGAUGAAAAAUCCAAGAGAGGGACCCGCGGGAGAGGUUCCAGGGGCCUUAGACACCGGGCCCUUCCGGACCUCCGGCUCUUGAAGAAAAGAGAGACAAAAUUCACCGAACGCAGAAGAAGAGAAAGACACGAAGUAGAUGAGAAUAAGGAGAAACUGACAAAAGAGAAGGAGAUAAAAGUAAAGAAGAAGGUCAAGGAAGUGAAAGCUGAGAAGGACACGAAGAAAGCAGCGAAAGAAAGCAAACCUACUAAGAAAGGGAAUCAGUGAUGCAUUGAAGCGUAAAGAAAAUAGGGCUGAUGCGUUAUGUGCUUAAAUUAUCAUGAAAAUGAUGCUGAAUGUUCUUAAUGGUCCUGAAGGGAUUAAUUUUAUUUAGAAAUGUUUUGAUUAUACAGGAUGCACUUCUCAAGUCAGUUGAUGUGCAAAAGAUUUGGUGCUUCUUGUUUUUUUUCUUUGUAAAAUGACUUGAUAGUAACUUUACUGAAACCAUAAACCAAAAAAAAUAUCCUCAUUGCAAAGCAAAUACCUUAACGCAUUUUGACACAGAAAAGCAUUGGUUUUGAGCCAGAAAGUUACUGCUAAUAAAUUCUGUUAUCGUUUCCUCGCC